CUAGACUCCCCUUCGCUCUUCGGUUCCCGGGGCUUCUCCAAGCUGGACCAUGAAUCUGGCGCGAGCUUGGCUGUAGGAGCAAUUCCGAAGCCGGAGAGAGAGGGCGUCCGGCAGUUCUUCGGUUGCUAAGAAUAAAGAAGACGCUCAGUCAGGAUGGCCCAGGGAUCCGGGGAUCAAAGAGCGGUUGGGAUCGCUGACCCAGAAGACAGUUCUCCCAACAUGAUUGUCUACUGCAAGAUCGAAGACAUCAUUACAAAGAUGCAAGAUGACAAGACGGGGGGUGUGCCCGUCAGAACGGUCAAGAGCUUUCUCUCCAAAAUCCCCAGUGUGGUCACAGGUACUGAUGUUGUACAGUGGCUUAUGAAGAACCUCUCCAUUGAGGACCCAGUUGAAGCAAUACACCUGGGAAGCCUCAUAGCUGCCCAGGGCUACAUCUUUCCCAUCUCUGACCAUGUUCUCACCAUGAAGGACGAUGGUACCUUUUACCGCUUCCAGGCUCCUUAUUUCUGGCCUUCAAACUGCUGGGAACCUGAAAACACUGACUAUGCCAUCUAUCUCUGUAAGAGGACAAUGCAGAAUAAAGCAAGACUGGAACUGGCAGAUUAUGAAGCUGAAAACCUAGCAAGACUCCAGAGGGCCUUUGCAAGGAAGUGGGAAUUCAUCUUUAUGCAAGCAGAAGCACAAGUAAAGAUUGACCGGAAAAAGGACAAGACAGAAAGGAAAAUUUUGGACAGUCAAGAACGGGCCUUUUGGGAUGUCCAUAGACCAGUGCCAGGCUGUGUGAACACAACAGAAAUGGACAUCAGAAAAUGUCGACGUUUGAAGAAUCCUCAAAAGGUUAAAAAGUCAGUGUAUGGCGUGACUGAGGAAUCCCAGGCACAGAGCCCUGUGCACCUACCUAGCCAACCAAUCAGGAAAACUACAAAAGAAGACAUCCGGAAACAGAUAACCUUUUUGAAUGCACAGAUUGACAGACAUUGUUUGAAAAUGUCCAAAGUGGCUGAAAGCUUAAUUGCUUACACAGAACAGUAUGUGGAGUAUGACCCAUUCAUAACGCCCGCAGAACCGUCCAACCCUUGGAUCAGCGAUGACAUCACUCUGUGGGACAUCGAGAUGAGCAAAGAGCCCAGCCAGCAGCGAGUCAAAAGAUGGGGCUUCUCUUUCGACGAGAUACUGAAGGAUCACGUGGGGCGGGACCAGUUCCUCCGAUUCCUGGAGUCAGAGUUCAGCUCAGAAAACCUCAGGUUCUGGCUGGCCGUCCAAGAGCUCAAAAAACAACCCCUCCAGGAUGUGGCCAGAAGGGUAGAAGAAAUCUGGCAAGAAUUUCUGGCUCCAGGAGCCCCAAGUGCCAUCAACCUGGAUUCUCACAGCUAUGAGAUAACCAGUCAGAAUGUCAAAGAUGGCGGCAGAUACACGUUUGAAGAUGCUCAGGAGCACAUCUACAAACUGAUGAAGAGUGACAGCUACGCCCGCUUCCUUCGGUCCAAUGCUUACCAGGACCUGCUGCUGGCCAAGAAGAAGCCAGAAAGUGAGCAAGGUCGUAGAACUUCCCUAGAAAAGUUCACACGCAGUGUGUGCUGCUGGCGCAGAGUCAGAAUGGCCGCUGCAUUUCACCCCCGAGGUGGCUUCCUUCCAGCAGUGGGGAAAGUCGCUGGCGGGCAAGCGCCUCACCGGCCUGAUGCAGUCCUCCUGACCGUCCCCACCGCAGGGCCGGGACCUGGGCCUGCAGAGAAUCCGGGUGGCCGGCGACGUUCUACAUCGGCAGAAAGAGCUUCCUUGCGGGGAGAUUUGGUCACUGUGAAGGAGAAAGAGUGAGGGCCAUGGAAGGCAAAGGUGGGGGCCACGGUGGGUGAGCGGAGAGACCAGAAAGAGAGUCCACUGCGCUGGGCAGCCUGGAGAGGUCCCUAUCGCCAGGAUCUCUUCCUUGUCCAGUUGAGCACCAAUGCUCUUUCUCUCAGAGGCCUCCUUUCUGACUGCAUCUGGAGCUAGAUCAUCUCCUGGGGUUCCUAUGUGACUGUCACUUGAGAAUACAUUCUUAUGAUCCUCAUUCCUCAGGCCAUCUGGGGGAAAUCAUGCCUUUGGGCAAACUCAAGAGGGAGGGUGGGGUCCUUGACACAUGCAGUAUUAUGCAUCACCUGCCUGCCCUCUCUCUGAUGGACACGCAGUGCACAUCAUAAAUUGAGCCACCAUGUCCCAUCGCCAUCCUCUCCCCCAGCCCUCCCUCCUGCUCCAUGACCAUGCAGGUAUAACCGGCCAGUGCCAGCAAUGCUUUCGUGUGAAAUGUCCAAAUCACAUCUUCAGCACUAAGGAAACGUCACCUCCAGCUCUUUCCAUCCCCUUGGAGAGCAAGUUUUGAAGAGGUCCCCACAGACCUGCUGGCCACCUUUGGGUCCUGUCAAAUGUGCACUUAGGGAUACAUGAGGAUAGGUGACAGCAUGCCUUUUUAGCAGCUGAUGACCAUCUUUCUAAAAGUUAUCCUUUCUUCCUAUUCUAGUUUUUGAUUUGUUCCUCUUGUUUUACUCAAAAUAAACAGGGCCACGAACACAAGGCCAUUGGGAUUCUCCCCUCCGGCAGCCCCACUGCGGGGGAUGUGGCUGGAUCACAGAUCGCAGAGCUGGCUGUACCCUCCUUCCCCCCCCCCAACAUUGGCAUCCUUCCAGGCACAGCCAGGCCCUUUCUGUCCCCACUGUGCCUGCAGCUGGGGGAGAGGGGAGAAUGUGCCAAUGCCAGGGUCACAAGGUUCCAUUCCCAGUUUUGAUCUGAGGACUCAGCUAAAGCACCCCAUUAAGCAAAGCUUAUCAUCUACGAGGACGCAAACCUUGCAAAAAAAAAAAUCCCUCAUGUUCCCUCUGUGUGUGUGUAUACAAGUGUCAAAAUGACUAUUUGCCAACUUGGUUGUGAGGUCAUAUAUGUAAAGCACCAAGUGAGGUGCCAGACACGUAGUAGGUGCUUAGCAAAUGGUAGCUGAUACUGUCAUUAUUGUCGUUGUUACUGUGAUACCCAGAAGCCCCUAGGACAGCAUUGUUUUUGAAUUCAGACACUCAUAUCCCUUUCCCACCUGCUAUGAUGAUCUUCCUUUGAUCUACUUUGGCCACAGGUGAACAAUCUCCCUUGGGAGUGUAUAAACAGAGCACCAAGAAGGAAACAAGUGAUCCAUGGUGUUUCUUUACCCAUGCGGGCAAAUUUACCAGCUGGUGACCAAAGGCUCAAAUGUUUGUUUGCAGACCUGGCUUCCUGGGUGCUUCAUAUGGCCCAUCUUCCAAUACCCAUUUCUGAGUCCUGUCUGUGCCUACCAGCCUCUCCGCUCAUCCCUUACAAGGGAGCCACUAUGGAGAGAAAAUCAUUAUAGUUGUUUCUUUGUGCAUUAUUGACACUAUAUUUCAUAGUUCCUAGUGGAAACUAGAGAAUGUCUCCAAAGACAACCAAUUUUUGGUGGACACACAGCCCCUGACACUUUGUAGACACUCCCCUGACACUUUGUAGACACUCCCUAGGGUCUUUUGACUCCCCUUUUACUUUCCCCCAUUUUUUUUUUUAAAUUCUCUCCCACUCCAUACAACCUUUCAUUUUAGAACAAAAUUGUAGCCCAAGUUUAUCUACAACCAACAUUGCCCAAAGAAGGCCUUCUCCUUUCUCUGGCAAGGAGUCCCAGGCUGUACUGACUGGAGACACUGGGCAUGUGACAAGGGUGUUCUCAAACAGAAGGCACUGCCAUGACCUAUGUUAUUCAAGGCAAGGGGCAUAGAUGCCUCCUGACUCUCUACCAGAUGCAGAUAGCAUUCUAAACCAGGCUGUACACAAAACCUGGCCAUGACAAUGCCUCAUUCUCCCCUAAGUUCUUGGCUGCUCCUCAUCUAUGCUGGCUUGAGAAUGGGCCUUACCAUGGAGCUCCUCAGAGAGCCUGCCUGACUCAGGUAGCCUGAGGCCCUGAGGUAGACUAGGCUAAAGGCCUCCAAACAUCUCUUAAGACAUCCAGAGAGGAGGGCAGGGUCAGCAGGCUCAAAAGAAGGAACGAAACAUCAGAUGGAUUCAAACCCAGAGCAAUAAUCCUCUCAUCUGCAGCCCACAACAGAGGCAAGCUCAGUCAUGUCCACAACUAUCUGUUCCUUAGUAGAUCAAGCCAGGC